CGCGCUCUGAAGUCAGAUAACAGUGAUAACCAUGACUAGGGUCGCAGGUAGGUGGUUGUGAGUGUUAUUAAGCCACCAGACUAUAUUACGUCUUGUACGUUUGACAUACGCUGGAUCGGAGUGCACAGUAUACGACUGCUGGGGUCAUAACAUUUGUGCCCAUAGGAUAGAUCGACAAUCCCAAGAAAGAUCAUGAAUAACAGGGUUGAGCUGCAUGUCCACCUGGAUGGUGCAAUUCGUCCUUCCACCAUUUUUGAAUUGGCAGGAAAAAAGGGUAUCAAGCUUCCUGGUGCCAGUUUGGAGGACCUGAAGGCAGCUGUCGAGAUAAGGGAGCUUGGCAAUCUCAAGAAAUAUCUAGAACCCUUCUUAAUAUUCAUGCCUGUUAUUUCGGGUGAUCCAGAGGCAAUUCAGAGAAUAGCGUAUGAAUUCUGUGAAGAUUGUUCACACCAGGGGUUGCUGUAUGUGGAGGCUCGCUACAGCCCACACUUAUUGCGAGAGUCUGGGGAGACGGAGAAAAAUGCACUCAACUCCGAGGAGGUCGUUAGACUCGUAAACGAGGGAUUCACGAGAGGAGAGAAAGACUUCGGGGUCAAAGUUCGGAGUAUUUUGUGCUGUAUGCGACACAUGACAGGAUGGUCUACGGAGGUUCUUGAAUUGUGCCAAAAGUUCAAAAAUGAUGGUGUGGUCGGCAUCGAUAUUGCUGGCAGUGAGCAGCUCUGUGAUGAAGCUACGCAUGUAGACCAUGUCCGGGUAUUUCAAGAGGCAGCCAAGCUUGGUAUAUGUCGGACAGUCCAUGCUGGAGAAAAUGGACCUGCUGGUGUGGUCAGGGAGGCUAUUGAAGAAAUGCACGCCCAGCGUAUUGGCCAUGGUUACCAUAGCAUUGAUGACCCUGAUGUUUAUAAGCUUGUCAAGGAAAGAAAUAUCCAUCUGGAAGUUUGCCCGUAUUCCAGCUAUGCCACUGGAUCUUUCUGUGGAAACUUCAAAGAACACCCUGUCAGGAGCUUCCUCCUUGACAAUGUCAACUUUUCCAUCAACACAGAUGAUCCCCUGAUUACUGGCCACACUUUGAAUGAUGAGUAUGAAUUAUGUAAGAAUGAGCUGGGCAUGACAGAUGGAGACUUAGCAUUCAUUAAUCUCAAUGCUGCUAAAUCUUCCUUCCUGCCACCCGAUGAAAAAAGAGAGCUGGUUGAUCAGUUGGAGAAAGUGUAUGGCCUUAAAGAUUAAGCCUGGUAUUGUGAAAGGUCCUUGUCAGAGCUUUCGUUUUCACCAAAUUUGGUCCACAUAUGAUAUCUAUAGCAUUAUGUUUACAGGCCCCUUAGAACUAAAUUGAGUUGAGCAUUACAAUAGGGUAUAAGCUUUUUGACAAUGGUCGAGUUAGAUCAAACGAUGGACAGCGUGCGAUAUGACCAACACUCGUCAAACUAAAUAUUUAUAAACUCGUCUUUUUUCAGUCAAUUUUGAAUUUAAAAAAGCUUAUUUGUAAGAAAAAUACAUUUGUAGGCGAACUGUCUAGUUUCAAAAAGCAUCGAAGCAAAAUGUGGUACCCUUUUUAGCUCAGCUGUUCAAGUGGCACGCGCGUCAGUCAGUCAGUCAGUCAGACGGUCCAUCUGCUCAACUUUAUGGUUUUAUGCCCGACAUUUUGUAAACGUAAUAGGCAGAAUCGUAAAACUUGGUGAUCGUGUAACUUUGGAUGACCUCUGAUCAGACCUGUGACCUGCGGUAAAAUCAGUUUCUAUGUGUUAGUGAUUAAUGAAAAAAAAUGUUUUGUACGAAGUAGUUGACAUUUUUGUAACCAGAGGGCACUUUAAGCAUAAAAAGUAAAUUGUGUAAUUAAAAAAACCCCGCUUGAUGACGAAAGCUAGAACUGCGUCCAAUCAUUGAGCCAAGUUUAGCCCUGGUUCAAAAUGAUGGUCAUGUUUUGUUAAUCAUUUGAGGCGAAUGGCAACCUACUUUCAAUCCACCUAAAUCUCACCUAAUUGAUCGGUAUCAUUUUUUCCUCUCAGCGUGUAGAAAACCUCUCAAAAAAGAGAUAAUAUGUGACUCGCUCUACCAAAACUGGGCACUUGUCGCAUCUGAACUCGA